GAUACAGCAGCUCCAUCAUCUGGCCAGAAUCAGAGUCUGCGGGCCAUCGUGGAGUUGUUCAAGACAGAGAACCCGGACUACGAGACGAUGGCAGCCGCUUUGCGUCGUCUUACCAUCUGGGGCCGGGAUGAUGCCUUCUGCUAUCGGCUUCUGGAUCAUG